AUGGCCGCGGCCGCCGUCGGCGGGGCCGUCGUCCCGCCAAUGCCGCCGCAGCAGGACGAGAAGGCGGCUCAGCAGCCCCUCAUGGCCGUCGUCGCGCCGUUGCUGCCCCAGCCUGAGGGUGAGCAGCCUCCCGUCGCCGUCGUCGCGCUGACGCCGCCGGAGCCCGAGGAGGAGGAGGGUGAGUUUCAGCCUCUCGUGGCGGCGGACGCCGUCGUCGCACCGACGCCGCCGCGGCCGGAGGUGGAGGAGCAGCCGCCCAUGGCCGUCGACGCCGUCGUCGCGCCACUGCCGCCGCAGCCGCGGGCGGAUGAGGAGGACGAGCAGCCUCCCGAGGCCGCCGACGCCGUGAGCGAGGCCAUCUCCUUCCUCGCGCCAACCCCACCACCCAUGCCGCCGCCGCCGCAGCAGCAGGAGGCGGAGGACGAGCAGCCGGCGCCCGCGGCGGCUCCGCCCCAGCCGCUCGAAUCGGUGGGUUUUCUGGUGGACUGCUUCGGCGUGCUUUCGGCUCUGGGCCCGGGUCCGGUGGAAGAGGGGUACAAAGAGACACCGCAAGACGAAAAUCCCUUGCAGGUUCAAGGUUCAGCAGACGAGGGAGGCAAGGAGACACCGCAAGACCAAAAUCCCUUGCAUGUUCCAGGUCCAGCUGAUGAGGGAGACAAGGGCUCAUCCUCGCAAGACAAAAAUCCCUUGCAUGUUCCAGGUCCAGCUGAUGAGGGAGACAAGGGCGCAUCCUCGGAAGACAAAAAUCUCUUCAAAGUUCCAGGUCCAGCUGACGAGGGGGACAAGGGCGCAUCCUCGGAAGACAAAAAUCUCUUCAAAGUUCCAGGUCCAGCUGACGAGGGGGACAAUGUGACCUUGCAAGACGAAAAUCCUUGGGAUAAUGCUAUGGUGUCAGACGUGGUCGGCAAAGACAUCGCAGAGAUUGUGUUAACCCAUUUCAUGGUGGCAGAUGUCGUGGUGAUCAUAUGGAUUGUGUUCAUGCACAUCAUGGUGGCAGAAUUCGUGGUGAUCAUAGAGACAAUGUUGAUGCAUUUCAUGGUGCCAAGAGUGGUGAAGAAGAAGAAGAUCAGGGAGAUUAUGAUGACACAUUUCAUGGUCGCAGAUAUUACAAUGGCCAUAGGGAUCAUAGAGAAGAUGGUUACUUACUUAACCGUGGUGAACAAAGAGAUCACAGAGAUUAUGGUCAUGCAUUUCAUGGAUUCUCUGGAUGACAAGCGUGUCUAUGCUCGUACUCCAUGCUGUUUCCGUAAUCGAAUCCGUGAAAAGAAAGACUACCCUGUGGGUGCCUCGCUACUUAAUCCUGAGAAGUGGACAUGUUUCCUUAAUUGCAUUCUCCAGUGUGUGGUUCACACUGUUCCUCUUGUGUCAAAGCUUCUGAAAGAUCGUCACCUAGGUCUAUGUCCUAGUGGUUUGGACGAAUUCUGCUGUUACUGCUCCCUACGUCACCAUGCUUCUGAAGCCAUCAGGCUCUCCGGGAAUGUUCUCUACCCCAAGAAGUUUGUCAAACUCCUGAAGUUAAUAUGUCAAGAUUUCAGUUGGGGCAGACACCAAGAUGCACAUGAACUCCUCCGUUGCUUGCUUGAUAAAUUAGAUGAUGCCUCUGUUGCUCCCAUGGGGGUCUCAUCUGAGGAGCCCUGUUCUAUUGUCAAACAAGUUUUUGGAGGCCAAGUGAAAAGCCAGCUGCAUUGUCCAGAGUGCAAUCAUUGCUCAGACAGAUUGGAGUCUUUUCUUGACCUUAGCUUGGAGAUUAACCAGAUGGACACUCUACUGGAUUCACUAGAAUCUUUUACAAAAACUGAGGUGGUUGAAAGUUUCACUUGUGAUGGGUGCAAAACUCGUGUGAACAUGGAAAAACACUUGAAGGUGGAGCAGGCUCCAGAAGUUCUAGUGAUCCAGCUGAAACGGUUUGAAAAUUUAGGCAGUAAUAUAUCCAAGAUUCAAAAGAUGGUGAAAUAUCAGUUAGAGUUGGAUUUAAAACCCUUCAUGAGCUCUGCUGAUACUAACCCUCAAAAGUAUGAUCUGUAUGGAGUUGUAGAACACUUGGGUGAAUCAUCCAAGGGUCACUAUGUUUGUUACAUCCGUUCGUCAGAAACAGAUUGGUAUCUCUUUAAUGAUGAGAAGGUCAUGCAAUUGAGUGAGGAUAAAGUUUUGGACAGUAAAGCAUAUCUUCUGUUCUAUGUCAAGCAAGGUUCAUCCCCGUGGUUCUCUACCUUACUCGAGGAAAAGAACACUUUGCUGUUGGGUUAUUUGCAAGAAUUGGCAGACAAAGGUUUGAACGAGGAUGGUGUUUCCAUUGACAGUGACAAGGGUAGUUACAGUAGAAGUGGCAGUGGAAGUGACAGUGAUGAACAAGAUCUAUCUGACGCGGAGAUGCUGUACCGCAGAAGCCUGGGUGGAGGCCUGUCUGGAGAAACAAAGAGACCCACCUCCCCUCCCAGAUCAAGCCUGGAAAAUGGAAAUGUUCGUCGGAUGGCUUUGGUAUCGAAGAACAACGAAAAUGUCAGCCUACAGGGAUCACGCGGCAAGGAAAUGAGCCAUAGCACACAUGGAUUACCAUCUCAUGUUAAUGGUGCAGGCUCCCGGGGAGGGUCAUCACGAGAAAAUGGGGAAAGCUGCAGCUUACUCCAAUCAUCAUCACAUAAACCUGAAGAGGACUGUUGUCCUGAAAACUUGACAUUGCAUAGUAACUCGUCUUCGUGUUUUAUAGAAGAUGAUGAGAUGCGGGGCUCUUGUGUUUCACCUGCUGGAGAGGUGCGCGCACAUUAUGGGGUCGAGACCAGAGCAAGGAAGCGGAUGAGGCAACAGUCCACAGCUGGGACGACGGCGAAGCGGAGGAAGGGUGGUGGCUUAAAGAAAGCUCUACUGAAGAAGAGUGUGGGGGGUGGUGGCUUAAAGAAAGCUCUACUGAAGAAGAGCAAUUUGACUGAACAGACUGGUGAUUCCAUCUUGCCAUACGGUUACAACACCAUGGACGUGAAAUUGAGCGUGGAGAUCGGCGGCCAGCAACGCCAGUCAGAGAAGAGGAUCGGCGGCUGCCUGCCGCUGCUCUUCCGGGAAGAUCUAUUGCCGAUCAGCGCCGGCGCUAUGAAGAUCAGGGCAGAACCCAGUGGGGAUCGGAGGUGGAAGAUUUGUCACGAGUUAGUCUGGUAA